AGAGCUAGUCUCCAGGCCGCCUCAUCAAUACAGCUGGCCUGCAGCAGACUGCCUGAUUGGCUGGAGAGGCCAGCAGGCUGGCUCUUAAUCCAGCAGCAGCUCCUCACUGCCUGCUCAGUGCUCAUGCCCAACACUGUGACUUGUCCUGUGUUACUUGUUUGUUUCUGUUGCUCACCUCCAGUUUGACCUUCAGCUCUAGCUUCUGACUGCUGACUCUGGCUCCACCCCUAGUUCCAAUGCUUGGUUUCCUGCACCUGUUGUGACCACAAGGCUAGGCCACCUGACCAAGUGUGAGGAGCUACAGCUGGUUCUUACAGUUUUCCAUGCCAAUCUGAAGGGCAAAAAAUGAACUCAUUUCAGGGAGGCUUCCAAGUUACCUUACCAAAAACAUCAUGGAAUAUUAGUUGCUUCCUUUUUAAAGGACCAUAUCUGCAGCCAAAAACUGAAUAGCUGACAUCCUUGUCUAGACCUCUUGUUAGCAAUAGUGCAUCUAAAUUAGUGCUGAGCAUUUUAAAUGCAAACACAGCCAAAGACACACUGUGCUCGGCACUGCUUUAAAACCACGCUCGACGCUGUUUUUGUAAUAUUCUUAAUAAGUAUGGAGAGCUUAUAUUUAACAACAAAAAUGAUUUUAAAUUAAACAUGGCAUGACACAGCAAUGAGAGCCUGCUGUAAACUUCCGCCAGCCACAGUCUGUUCUGUCCCCUGCAGUCCAGAACCCUUCCUUCCAAUAUUGGAGAUGAGCAAGAACUGGCUAUUUAAUUCCAUGGGAAACGUCACAUUGCUAGAAAAAAAUCAUUUGGAAUUGGAACAAGAAGUUGGAAAUGAAAAAUUUUGCACAGAACAGCUUUUUUUAAAAAAAAAAAAAAAUCUAGGCAGGGAGCAAAUCAGCCAGGGAGGUGGCCACCCAGACAACCCAUUAAAGGGGGAUUCUGGGAACUGAGCAGCCUGCUAGAUGCCUGGCCAGCUGGCAGGCAGGCUGGCAAGAAACCAGGCCGGGCAAGCUAGUCAGUCAGUUUGCCUGACUGAUUUUGUUGCUAGUUUCAAUGGAAUCAACACAUUCCAGUGGGAUUCUGUUGAAACAGCAUUUUCCAAAGGAAAACUAUGAGUCAGAAAAUUUGUUGACCUGCUCUAGCCAAAAUAGAGACUGAACUUUGGUCUCUGCAGUCACUCCGUGUGGGUUUAGUGCAUCCGUUCUUAUUGGCUACCCUAGUGUAAACAAAACUAAAGAGGCCAAACUGUCUUCAUUUUGCUCACUGAGAUUGGGAUUACUCACAUGAGCAAGGUGAGCUGGAUUUGGUUCAAGAUGUAUUUAAGUUCCCCAGCAGCAUAAAUUGUUUAAAUGUUGGCCUACUCUAGGUCAAUUUGGGCUCCUGACAGCUCUGUGUUCUUGGAUCAGUUCUGAGAUACAUUCUGUGGCCUUCCUUGUUACUUUACAAAACUGUGUGUUAAUGUUUAUUCUGAGGGCAGCUGGUACAAAAGACAAGACAACAUACAAUUCAAACUACUACCUGUGUGCAUUGCACAAGUUUGUCUAGAAUCGGCCUUAAUGGGAGUUGGACUGGACCCAAGUACAAACCUGGUACAAAUUCUACUUUGCACAAGUCUACUGAAGUCAAUGGAAUUGCACAUUAUAGCAAAGCGGAAUUUGGGCCUCUAUUUCUAGACAGAUGUAGUUUAGUGUGUCCCUUUGGCACAGUUAUUCUCAUGUCAGUGUUUCAGUGAAUAUCACUCCCCUGUUUAACUGUGUAGAUGGUUUGUUGUUGUAAUAUGUUUUUUUUUUUUUACCUGUGGUAAUCUUGUUACACAAUGCUGUGUUUUCCCAGAUAAUUUCACAGAGAAUUGUUGCCAAAGUAAACUAAUAAGAAAGCUGGACUUUGCCAUCUGUCUUCUUUUCUCCUUUACCCUUCAGAAACUUGCUCUGUUUUCCAUUUACCACUGAGCAUCAGCAAUGAUCAUGUUCCAGCCUCACAUAUAUGCUACGGUAUUUAUACUCUCAAUCCUUCAGGCCUUUGCCUUGGACAGCUACAUUGCAGCAGUGUAUGAGCACUCUGUUAUAUUGCCAGAUGUCACUGGGAGUCCUGUUUCGUCUGACGAGGCUUUGACACUAAUGAACAAAAAUAUGGAUGUUUUGGAAGGGGCCAUCAAAGCAGCGGCCCAACAGGGUGCACACAUCAUUGUGACUCCUGAAGAUGCCAUUUAUGGCUGGGUCUUCAAAAGAGACACCAUUUUCCCCUAUCUUGAAGACAUCCCAGAUCCACAAGUAAACUGGAUUCCCUGCACUGACCCUGAAAGAUUUGCUCCUGCGGCAGUGCAGGAAAGGCUCAGCUGCAUGGCAAGAAAUAACUCUAUCUAUGUGGUUGCCAAUAUUGGAGACAAGAAGCCAUGUAAUUCCAGUGAUCCCAAGUGCCCCAGCGAUGGUCACUAUCAAUACAAUACUAAUGUUGUCUUUGACUCAGAAGGGAAAUUGGUGGCACGCUACCAUAAGUAUAAUCUCUUUAUGUCAGAAACUCAGUUUGAUUCCCCCAAGGAGCCAGAGAUUGUCACUUUCAACACAUCCUUUGGAAAGUUCGGCAUUUUCACUUGCUUCGACAUACUUUUUCAUGACCCAGCUGUGACUCUGGUGAGCAAGUUACAUGUGGAUACUGUGCUGUUUCCCACUGCUUGGAUGAAUGUCCUACCACAUUUGACUGCUAUUGAAUUCCACUCUGCCUGGGCUAUGGGGAUGCAUGUCAAUUUCCUUGCAGCUGAUACACACAACACCAGCAUGGCUAUGACAGGGAGUGGUAUCUAUGCACCUGAUGGACCCAGGGCAUUUCAUUACAAUAUGGAUACAGAGAACGGUCACCUCCUGGUUGCGGAACUGAGUUCACGCCCUCAUCUUUCUCCCACCUACCCUGCUGCUGUUAACUGGAGCGCGUAUGCCACAAGUGUCAAACGUUUCUCACCAGAUGACUGGGAUUUCUGUGGAGUCAUUUUCUUUGAUAAGUUCACCUUCACUGAACUAACUAAGCCUGAAGGAAAUCGUACAGUUUGCCAGAAAGACCUUUGCUGUCAUUUGAGCUACAGGAUGGCGGAGAAGCGAGAAGAUGAAGUUUAUGUGCUGGGUGCUUUUGAUGGCCUUCAUGUUGUUGAAGGAGAAUACUAUCUGCAGAUAUGCACACUACUGAAGUGUGAAAGCACAGACUUGAAAACAUGUGGGCUGCCAGUGGCUACUGCUCACACCAGGUUUGAAGCAUUCUCUCUCAGCGGCACAUUUGGCACUAGUUACGUCUUCCCAGAAGUCUUGCUUAGUGGGGUUCAGCUGGCGUCCGGCGAAUUUCAGGUAUUAAGUGAUGGACGUUUGAUCAGUCAGAGUGGUACAUCUAAACCAGUUUUAACAGUGACGCUUUUUGGGAGGUGGUAUGAGAAGGACCCACCACAACCACACCAGAUACUGUUAUUUCAGAAUCACAAUGUCCCAUAAUGCAUCAUCUACUUAAACAAUAACCACUGUGUUCCUUGUUUCCUUUUCUAAUCGUCCUUUGUUUAGUAAAUAUACAGCAGCCUAUUUCAUUACUGUUACAUAUUGAGAAAUAAAUCAAUUGUGACUACUA